UAUAAAACGCCUCAUGUGCUGAACACCAGAGUCAGAAACUAAGAGGGACUUUGAGACUCACAGCGGUCUAACUCAGAAGACUGAACUCACGCUCAAGUUCUGCGACUGGAAAAUGUGUAAAGGAUUAGCUGCCUUACCCCAGUCCUGCCUCGAAAGGGCGAAGGAGAUCAAGUCGAAAUUGGGCGUUUUGCUGCAGAAGCCGGAAAAUGCCUUCGACCUCAUCAUCCCUUAUCCCGAGAAGACCGAGAAGAAGCCAGAGAAGCAGCAGAAGCCGACUCCUGAGGAGGCUGCCCAGUGGCGCGAGAGUCUGGACCGAGUCCUGAACAACGGCUAUGGUGUGUCCGCCUUCCGUAGCUUCCUGCAGUCCGAGUUCAGUGAUGAGAAUAUUGAGUUCUGGAUUGCCUGCGAGGACUUCAAGAAGACCAAGAACCCCGUGAAGAUGGCCACCAAGGCCAAGAAGAUCUAUGAAGACUUCAUCCAGUCUGAGGGACCCAGAGAGGUGAACAUUGACCACUUCACCAAGGAUGUGACCCUGAGGAACCUGGUGGAUCUCUCCCCUGCGACCUUUGACCUGGCUGAGAAGAGGAUCUUCGCCCUGAUGGAGAAAGACUCCUUCAGUCGUUUCCUCCGGUCUGAGCAGUACCAGGAGCUCCUGGUCAACUAAGUCAGAGCAGAGUCUGAGGAGCUGGGUUGGGGGGGGGGGGUCGGGGAGGGAGGUCUCAAACAGCAGUUAGUUACCAUGAAAAUAAUAGGAAACGCUUUUUUUUUUUCAAUUAAAAAAAAUUCAAAUAAACUACUAUUGUGUAAGACAGCUCGAGAACCGAAGAAUUUUAUUUUGCAAAAGAU